CUGCCCUUGAGAAUGCAGUCACAAUGCAGUGCCCAGGCACGACACGACAGACUAGAACGACCCUCAGGUUCAUCCCCGAGAGAGAAGCCAAUGCCAAUGGCUGAAUCCGAAUCCGACUCCAAAAUCAAUCUCGAUGAGGUUGCCGCCCCGCCACCGGUCUACGAUCGUCCCGGUGAGGAUCACCUCGAGAAUGAAUUAUCCCACCAGGCAGGCAGAGUAGAACAAGACGUGGAGCGAGACUCUCGACCAAAUCAAAAUGGAUAUACACCGACCGUGGGACGGGAAGAAGCUGAAAAGCAGCCGGGGAGGGGCCUUCAGUCAACUUCCAUGCGCAUGCCCUAUGUCAUCUCCUAUUUGAUCUUCUUCUCGUUCCUGGGCACUUUACUGAGAAUGGUCAUCGAGAGUUUGACCUUCUAUCCCGGCGCGCCCGUCAACAUCAGUGUACUAUGGGCCAAUGUGGGAGGCUGUUUCAUCAUGGGAUUUCUCAGUGAAGACCAAGGGCUGUUCCGGUUCAGAGGAGUGGACAUCCAAGUCGAACACGAGGAUGAUGGCCAGCGCAGGGUGCGUUUAACCGCCCACAAGAAGACCAUCCCCCUCUACAUCGGACUGACCACCGGAUUUUGCGGGAGUUUGACCUCCUUUUCCACCUUCAUCCGCGACCUAUUCCUCGCCCUGUCCGAUGGUCUGUCCGUUCCCGUGGGCCCCUACUCAGACAUCUCGUUGUUCGCUGCUGCGCAAGACGCUCCCAAGGCCCCCAACGGCGGGUUCAGCUUUAUGGCGAUCAUCGCAGUGCUCUUCCUCGAAGUUGGGCUAUCCACGUUUAGCAUCAAGCUCGGAGCCCAUACGGCGGUGUUUCUCUCCUCUUGGACCCCCCGUUUACCGCAAUGGUGGCUGGAACGGAUCGUCAACCCGUGCAUGAUCCCGCUGGCCACUUUGUCCUGGAUCGCGCUUAUCUGCAUCGUCGCACUGCUGCCGCGUUACGCAUUGGACCCGACACUAUGGAGUGCAGAGAUAUGGCGUGGCCCCGUGCUGUUUGCGCUGGUGUUCUCCCCGGUCGGCUGUCUCGCCCGGUUCUUCUUAUCUCUCAAGCUCAACAGUCGUCUGGCCGCGUUUCCCCUGGGAACCUUUGCGGCGAAUAUUUCAGGGACCGCAGUGCUAGGAAUGGCGUACUGUUUGCAGCACAGCUCGAUCAGCGCUGCAAGUCUGGGCGGGGGAAGCGUUGUUGGCUGCCAGGUUUUGCAAGGAAUCAUGGACGGUUUCUGCGGCUGUCUGACGACCGUCAGUACGUGGGCGUUGGAGUUGAUUGACCUGCGUCCGCGGCACGCGUAUGUGUAUGGAAUCAUCAGUGUGGUGGUGGCCUUCUGCUUGUUGGUGGUGGAGAUUGGCAGCUUGAAGUGGACUCGAGGGCUCGAGACUCCGAUUUGCUUCAGUGCGAGUACAGGACAAUAACCAUCCAUUAAUAAACGAUGAGCUGGUCGUUUGUUAUAUACAGCGACCUUAAGUAGAG